CAAAAAGUUACUCAGUUUCAUAGUAUUGGGAGUGUUUACAUUUUGAUUGUAUAUUUCUGUUAAUAAUCAUUUAACAACAAUAUUUUGGGAACGAGGAUAUGCGAUUCUGAUAGGAUGAUUUCACCAGCCCCACUCCGGAGUACUAGCUUUAAAGUACAUGUACUCUUUAGCGUCGUGCUCUUAACAUUAAUUCAAUUAUCUAAGCAGGACUGUGUGUGGUAUGGAGUUUGUAACACCAAUGUCUACGGACACAGUCAGAACUGUCCCUACAAUGGGUCGGCGAUUGAAAUGCCUCAGGCGGGUUUGGAUUUGCUAAAGGAGCGAUGUGGAUUUUUACUUCAGAACAAUGAAAAUAAAUAUUGCUGCGACACAGAACAGGUACAAAUAUUAAACAAAAAUGUGAAGCUAGCGGCCAAUUUCUUGGACCGAUGUCCGUCAUGCAUGGAGAAUUUAGUUCGACAUAUUUGCGAGUUUACUUGUUCUCCAAAGCAAUCGGAAUUUAUACAUGUGGCGGCCACAGAAAAAAAUGGUAGCACAGGUCGUCCUUACAUCAGUGCCGUAGACCUUCAUGUAUCGACCGAAUAUAUUAACAAGACUUAUAAAUCAUGCUCUCAGGUUUCUGUUCCACAAACAGGUCAAUUAGCAUUGGAUUUAAUGUGUGGAUCUUAUCCAGCAUCCCGCUGCAAUCCAACCAAAUGGUUUAAUUUUAUGGGCGAUGCUUCUAGCCCGUAUGUUCCUUUUCAAAUAACAUAUAUUCAGCAUGAACCAAAAUCCAAGAGCAACGAGUUCAAACCCUUGAGCCCACCAACCAUUCCCUGCAACCAAUCCGUCAAUAGCAAACUUCCUGCUUGCUCGUGCUCGGACUGCGACAUGUCCUGUCCCCAAGGACCUCCAGAACCUCCACCACCUGAGCCAUUCAAAAUAUUCGGACUUGAUGCUUAUCUCGUUAUUAUGGCAGCUGUAUUUUUCGUUGGGGUAUUGGUGUUCCUGAUGGGAUCUUUUCUUUUCACCCAAGGUUCGUCACUGGAUGAAAACUUUCAAAUUGACGGUAAUGAUGUCACAGAUGAUAUGGCCUAUAGAGAGGAUGAUUCCUACUUUGAAAAACUGGGAGCUCGAACGGAAACAUUUUUGGAACACUUUUUCACAAAAUGGGGCACCUUUUUUGCCAGCAAUCCAUGGAUGACCUUAGUCGCUGGUGCUUGCCUCGUUUGUGUGUUGGGCUAUGGAGUCUCUCAUAUAAACAUAACCACUGAUCCGGUAAAACUGUGGGCAUCGCCAAAGUCGAAAUCAAGACUUGAAAGAGAGUUCUUCGAUACCAAGUUUGAACCAUUUUACAGACUUGAGCAGAUAAUAAUCAAAGCCGUGGAUUUACCUCAAAUUGUACACAACACUUCAAACGGACCGAUUACGUUUGGACCCGUUUUUGACAGAGAAUUUCUGACCAAUGUGCUGCACCUUCAAGAGAGCAUCAAAAAACUAAAUGCCAACGGAACCACACUGAAGGAUAUCUGCUUUGCUCCACUAUCAGAGGAUGGAAACGCUUUAGAAGAUUCUAAUUGCGUAGUUCAAUCGAUUUGGGGCUAUUUCCAAGAUGACAUAGAGCGCUUGGAUGAUAAUGAUGAAGAUGGUGGAUUUAAUGUGACCUAUUUGGAUGAAUUGUAUCAGUGUACAAGCAAUCCCUAUCUAUGCCUAGCUCCCUAUGGUGGUCCUGUAGAUCCUGCUAUAGCCUUAGGCGGAUUUCUGAGGACUGGUGAUCAGCUAACGGGCAACACAAAAUACGAAUUAGCCAAUGCUCUAAUCCUCACGUUUUUGGUGAAGAAUCAUCAUAACAAAACAGAUCUCCGCAGAGCCCUACAGUGGGAGAAGAUGUUUGUAGAAUUUAUGACAAACUAUACCAGUCACAACAAAUCGAAACAUAUGGACAUAGCCUUCACCUCAGAGAGGUCGAUAGAAGACGAGCUUAAUAGGGAAUCACAAUCAGAUGUCCUAACGAUUUUGGUUUCCUACUUGAUUAUGUUUAUGUACAUUGCGAUAUCCCUGGGGCAUGUUAAGGAAUUCAAAAGAGUAUUCAUUGAUAGUAAGAUUACCCUUGGCAUCGGUGGCGUUAUAAUUGUAUUAGCUUCAGUAGUCUCUUCAGUUGGUCUGUUUGGGUACGUGGGCGUGCCGGCUACCCUGAUUAUCGUAGAGGUGAUACCAUUCUUAGUAUUAGCUGUCGGUGUCGACAACAUUUUUAUUUUGGUUCAAACUCACCAACGCGAUCAACGCAAACCUAACGAAACUCUUGAGCAGCAGGUCGGCAGAAUUCUGGGUCGUGUGGGGCCCAGUAUGCUGCUCACUUCCCUUAGUGAGAGCUUCUGCUUUUUCCUUGGUGGCCUUUCGGAUAUGCCGGCUGUGAGAGCCUUUGCCUUAUACGCGGGCGUCGCCCUAAUCAUUGACUUUUUGUUGCAAAUAACCUGUUUCGUUAGCUUGUUCACGUUAGAUACCAAGCGAAAGGAGGAGAAUCGAAUGGACAUUUGUUGUUUUGUCAAGGGAAAGAAGUCUGAUAGUAUAGAUAAUAGUGAGGGCCUUUUGUACAAGUUCUUCAAGAGUGUUUACGUUCCGUUUUUGAUGAAGAAAAUUGUGAGGGUCGCCGUUAUGGUAAUCUUUUUCGCCUGGCUGUGUUUCAGUAUUGCCAUUGCACCCAAAAUCGAUAUUGGUCUUGACCAGGAACUAGCUAUGCCCGAGGACAGUUUCGUUUUGCAUUACUUCCAAUCCCUGAACGAAAAUCUAAAUAUUGGUCCGCCGGUUUACUUUGUUCUCAAGGGGGAUCUGAGUUACACGAAUAGUUCGGUGCAGAAUUUGGUUUGUGCAGGUCGAUAUUGCAACGAUGACAGUGUUUUGACGCAAAUCUACUUGGCCAGUCGGCAUUCGAAUCAAACCUAUAUUGCUAGGCCAGCAUCCAGUUGGUUGGAUGACUAUUUCGACUGGUCAUCGACACAAUCCUGCUGCAAAUAUAAUCCUUCCAAUGGUAGCUUCUGUCCCCACCAAGAUACUUCCUGCUCGAAUUGUAAUAUCUCGAAAAAUUCACUCCAACGGCCAGAAGAAAAGAGCUUUGAAAAGUAUCUGCCCUUUUUCCUGAAAGACAAUCCGGACGACUCGUGCGCCAAGGCGGGGCAUGCCGCGUAUGGUUCGGCUGUUCGAUACGCCAACGGCAAAAAAGGACUGAACGUAGAGGCGUCAUAUUUUAUGGGAUAUCACACCAUAUUGAAAACAUCAGCCGACUAUUUUCUGGCUCUGGAAUCGGCUAGGAAGAUAUCCGCAAAUAUCACACAAAUGUUACAGGGCAGACUAAUGUCCAACGGAGUUCCUAUAGAAUCGGCAUUAACAGUCGAGGUUUUCCCUUACUCAGUAUUUUACGUAUUUUAUGAACAAUAUUUAACCAUGUGGUCGGAUACGUUACAAAGCAUGGGCAUUUCUGUGCUUUCCAUAUUUGUGGUUACCUUUGUUUUGAUGGGUUUCGAUGUUCAUUCCGCUUUAGUUGUUGUAAUCACGAUAACCAUGAUUGUUGUUAAUUUAGGAGGCCUUAUGUAUUACUGGAACAUUUCUUUAAAUGCUGUUUCGUUAGUUAAUCUUGUUAUGGCUGUCGGUAUCUCUGUAGAGUUCUGCUCUCAUCUAGUACACAGUUUCUCGAUAUCUAAAUCAGUUAGUCAAAUCGAUAGAGCUGCAGAUAGCUUAUCUAAAAUGGGUAGCUCUAUAUUUUCCGGUAUUACGUUGACCAAAUUCGCAGGCAUUUUAGUUUUAGCUUUUGCUAAGAGUCAAAUCUUUCAAGUUUUUUAUUUCCGCAUGUAUUUGGGAAUUGUAGUUAUUGGGGCAGCGCAUGGCCUAAUCUUUCUGCCGGUUUUGUUAAGUUAUAUAGGAGCUCCUGUAAGUAAUGCUAGGCUUAGGUACCAUAGUCAGGCUGCAGCCGCCGAUCACGAAACGGCACUAGCAGGAAUACUAUAAAUAAACUACUAUAGUUGUAUUAAAAUAAUCUCAAAAAAUAUUUUAAAUGUUAACUGGUUAAGGUACCUAUAAUAAAAAUUAUCGAAAUAACUGUGGAUUUUGUAAAUUUUUCUGUUAAAUGUAUUGUUAUUUUUCGCAUUUAAAUUAAAAUACCAAAACAAGAAAUAAAAGAUUCGAAAAUGUGUAUAAAAA